AAAUGUUGUCUGAUAAUGGCGUGAAGCUCGUCUCGCGUGAAAAUUUGGAAGCAUUUUGAGUGGCGUUGAUUCGCGGGUGUGCUUUUUACUAGUCGAACACACACAUCCACAUGAAAAAAAAACCUUUCUUUUGUACAGAAUCAGGGUUGUUCUUUCAAUGUGGUGUUUGCUGGUAAUGUGCGACGAUCAACGAUCAGUCCAUGUGAGGCACACACUGAAACGUAUCUUAAACACAAAGUUGUAGUAAGAUGGUGUGAGUAUUCAAUGGUUCUACGUCAUGAUCCAUUCAGUUGGCACACCAUGCAAGUCAAGACGGUGUGGAAGAAGAGGUAAGUUAGCAGUGGAGGAUGAACGUGGAGGUGAGGGCGAGGCUAACGGCCUGGUGAUUGAUACACUUCGGAGUCCGGAGUGUUGCAGACUCCGGAGGUCUCUCGCGUCACCAAAGGAACAAUAGGGCCAUAGUCCAAUUACACGACAGAGCGGCAGACUCUCCUCCGAUCAAGGCUUAACCUACAGUAUGCAACAAACGAACAAGAGGACUCGUCAUGCCUGGUCAGUCUGCAUACUUUCUUGAUCCGAAACCUGCUUCUCAAUACCCCUUGUUGUUGGCUUACACUUCACGGCCAUCAACAUGUGGAGCAUGACUCUUAGUUGCGCAACUCUCAUUAUCUCUUCUCCGUCGUUAACAUUCCUCCCCUCGUGAACCGUGAUUAUGACCAUUGAGAUGUGGUUCCUAUAAUUCCCGGGUCUAGGUGUAGUAGCAACUUCUCCUCUGUGGAGAUUGGCAGGUAGUGGAGGGAGCUACGCCACUGUAUGUAGUGAUAACUGUCGGAACGGAGGCCAUGUCGCAGCAUGACCCUCCCGGUCGCUGCCCCUGAAAGCGAGAAGUUGCCAGCAUUGGAGAGGUGAUGUUUGGUUGCUUUGGUAGCUCUUGGUACGGAGAUUUGAGAAACAGUCAUCGUUACGACUUGGUUUUGAACAUUCCGUGGAUAUUAGACCAAGUGCCGAGGGAUCCUUGCCGUCAAUUUUAUACCGAUUGUGCUGCAUUCGAUCAGCGACGUGCUUAAUUGCUUCAAUUCUGGAGGGGAUUUGUAGUAUUUAUACCAUACAUCACUUCAUUGCGGAGGACAGUCAUCUCGGUGUUCGUUUAAAAGUUCAUAUCAGAAUGAUUCGAAACAGCAUUCAAGACAUAACACGCAGUUUACAUUUAUCUGCUGCCGUUGUUGCGGGCCACAUUCUUAUAAGUACUUGUUCGAGCUCACGAGUUUACUUGUAGGAACUUUUGAUUACUCAAGGUCGUUCGUCAGAUGACCCUCGACAUCAAAUGCCACAACGGGUGUAAGGAUACCCUUUUUUGAGUGCCCACUCGGAAUUGGGCAGAUUUGGGAAAAUGCGCUGUGUUCGAGGGGAAUGGCGGUCUUCAGGUUGAAUUUCAGAGGUUUACUGGACAUAUGAAGGACGUCUCUGUUUUUCAAGACGGUUAAGUCUUGACCAUGUACAUCUACUUCUCAAUAAGCACCUGAAUUUUGAACAGAACAAUUGCUAAACGGUGAUGGUGUGAACCUGAAAAUCAUUGGUUCAUAAUUGUUUGACUUUUGAAAUGCAGUUCGAUUUCUUUUUCAGUCUCCUCUUCUCAUCAAAAUGUAGAGGCGAAACCGCGCAAUCCUCUUAGAGUUGAAAGUUUACAUGAGUAACAGCAACAAGAGAUGAGCUAUCAAUUGUCCCGGUUUCUGUAAUAAGGAGACAGCCUUUAUUAUGUGAAUGGUUUCACGCUCGUUGAGUAAACCGCUGCACAAGCCUCAUAAUGUUGAAAACAUGCGGUAGACUCCGACUUAUCAUAUUGUUCUCAAAUUCUGCUUCAUUGCCUUAAAUUCAUGAUACUCUGUGCGUGCGUUUCUUCCUCCCAAUCUUGGUUCGAUGUGUGCAUGUGGAUAUUGGUGACUUAAAAAUUCUUUAAGUCAUAUGUCUUGAGACACUGAGGUCAUUCUGUUCAUAGAUAACGCAUGGCGUUACGUUAAAGGGCCGUCAUUGUAGCUUCACCUAAAAAAACAACUUAGUACUUCUUAUGGCAUUUUUGUGUUGUUGGCGCCUGUCAUUGCAGGAGCGAUAGUCGCUAAACGUUGUUAGUGAUUUCAGUGAAGCGCUCGCAGACCAUCGCAAUGAGGCUACUAAAACGGAAAACCAGGAAGGUCGAAGGUUUUGGCAAGCUAGAGCUCGAAAGAGUCAUUGGAUUGACAACGGCGUCACAGAGCGGACUGUCAUGCAAUGCAACUACUGGAGAACUUGCUUAUUUGGCCGGCGCUGUUGUUGUCAUCUACAACGUCAAGGCUAACUCCCAGACUCAGUUUUUAGUGGCUCCAAAAACUGCUAAAGCUUUCUCAUGUGUUGCUUACUCAGGCCAAGGUGGUAGAUUUCUCGCUGCUGGCGAGUCAGGGCACCAGCCGGGCAUAAUUAUUUGGGAGGUUGCCGUAGGAGCGCGUGUUGCUGAGUUGAGGGCACAUAAGCAAGGAGUUUGCUGUGUUCAAUUCUCACCAAAUGGGAAACAUCUUGUAUCGGUUGGUGUUCCCAGCGAUGGACAAGUUUGUCUUUGGGAUUGGAGGAGUGGUACAUUGCUAGCGAAAUCUCGCGCUUCCACUACGUCUCAACCAGCAUGUGCUCUACAAUUUGCGUCAGAUGGUAGCUUUUUUGUGACUGGCGGUGUAAAGCAUCUGAAACACUGGGUAAUUGGCCUGCCCAAAGCUAGAUCAGUGGGAGGUAAUGGAACGACUGGAAUGGAAGGAAAAACUGUAAAUCUUGGUACCCAGAAGGACAGUUCAUUUGUUGCCAUCUUGUCUGCUCCGCCAUCAAAGGAUGCAUCAACUGUGACUCCUGAUUUUCAACCUCUUUAUGCAUUAACUGCUGGAGGAAUCUUAUGCUUGCUCCAUUGCGGUUUGGCUAUUGAGAAGUGGGUGGAUCUGAAGGUCAGGCACGGAUAUGCCUUAGCUAUUUCCGGAGCCCAUGUGGGAUGUGCUUGCAGUGAUGGGAUUGUUCGUGUUUUUAUGCAUGGGAGCCUCACAUAUGCAGUCACAUUGCCAAGACCUCCUCCUUAUGGUCAUCAUGGACUAGUGGAUGCUAGUGUUGGUGCUACAAUUGCUGUUGGAAAUCGCACGCAACCUGGAAUUCGAUUCCCUGAUGCUGUUGCGUGUAGCUUCCUUCAAGAAGGACAGACUCUUGCUGUUAUUUAUGCAGAUCACAGCCUUUUGGUCUGGGAUGUACAAAGCUUCUCCAAGAUAGGAAGGUAUCGCACGUUGCUCUCGCACAACGCUUGCAUAUGGGAUGUGUCUCUUCUACCAUCACCACACCAGGCCCCAACUCUUCAGCCAAUGAAUGAGAAAGAUUGCUCCCCUCGCGGAACUUUUGCUACUUGCUCUGCUGAUGGUUCUAUUAGAUUGUGGUGCCUCGAUUCAGGUCAAGAGAAGUCUACUGCAAAUUUGAAUGCAGGCGCACCUCCAACUGCAGGACCUGUCAACAUUUAUAACAAGGAGAUCUUGGGAGUUCUUUAUAUAGAUAAGAGGGAUGAUCAAAAAGACAAAGUUGUCAUUGGUGCAUCAGAUGAGGAGCCAUUCAGUUCUUUGCAAGGGUUUCGGACAAUCUGUGCUAGUCCUGACGGUCAGCAUCUAGCUGCUGGUGAUCGAAAUGGAAAUCUUCGUGUCUAUGACCUGAAUACGUUGCAGCUAAUAAUCUUCAAAGAAGCGCAUGAUGGCGAAGUAUUAUCGCUAAGCUUCACUUCAAACACAAAAGACACUCUGGUAGAGGAACCAACCUCCAUACCUCUCUUAGCAUCUGGAGGCAGGGAUCGGCUUAUAAACAUCUAUGAUGUAAAUAGUCGUUACGAUAUUGUCGAAACUCUGGCCGAUCAUACAGCAUUAAUCACCAGUGUAAAAUUCGCUUGCUGUGGAUCGAAGCUUCUAAGUUGUAGUGCAGAUAAGUCUGUAAUAUUUCGUAAUGUACUGGCAUCAGGAGGCAGGUGCAAAUUCAUACGUUACCACCAAGAGUUGUCUCCCCGAGGAUCCUUUUAUGACAUAGAUACAGAUCCAUUCAGCAAACACGCAGUGGCUGUAGGGCAGGACAAAAAACUCAGCGUGCUAAAUUUGAUUAGUGGCAAGACUGUACGGCAUCUGAAGCUUGAAGGUGAUGUAGGUGAACCUUUCAAGGUGCGAUUAGAUCCAAGCGGUACGUAUGUCGUAUGUUCCCAUUCAGAUCGAAUAAUGAGAAUCUACGACUUCCACAAUGGAGAGCUCUUGACUCAAGCAUCGGGACACGCAGAAAUAAUUACAGGAAUGGUAUUCCUUCCGGAUUCGAGAAGGCUUGUAUCUGUAAGUGGAGACAGCUGCAUCUUCAUAUGGCGCCUUCCGCUCAACAUGUCGCGUUGCAUGAGGAAGCGUUGUAUAAUAUAUUCCGAGUCCCGACCGCCUCCCAGAUGCUUGAAGUCUGCUCCAGUACAUUCUUCUAGAUACUUGGAUACAACUAACAGUACCCCAGGAGGAGCUGAUCAGACUAUCCUCUUCGAUCCUCUUGCUGUGAAAUCGAAGGAAAUAUGCACUAAUGGUCGGAAAGAAAACUUUGGUGAGAUCAAGCACAUAGAAGCCACAAUUCUUUCAGUGGGACAAGAUUCGAUUCAAGAAGCUGCUGAAAGGCCUCAUACAGAAGCAGGCGAAAAUAAGAAGUCUGUGCAGUGCUAUGGAUGUGACGGGUACAGUGCUCUCAGUGAAAUUCGAAAAGAAGUAGAGCACCCUCUGACUAGUUCUAAUGUCAAUAGUAACUAUACAGAACAGCUCGAUACCAACAUUCCAGACAAUACUCGUGAGCGUCGAUCCUUGCAACACGAAGAAAGCCAUCUACUGACUGCGCAAGUAAAUCCUAGAAAGGAAAUCCAAUGGAAAACAGUGCACACUGUUUUUUUUAGUGAUAAUGAUUACGGUCAUGAUGAAUUACCAUCGAAGGCAGGCCAUUUAGACUUCAGAACAUGUGCUGAUGAUCUGAAGAAUAGAGCAGGCAAUGUUAGUGCUUACUCCAAUACACUGAGCAUUUCAUCUAUCACAGUGGACGAGAAAGUCUCUGAGAAGUCAUCUGUAGGUAGGGAAAUAAGGAGCUUGCAAACAAUGCGGAAUUCCGAGGACGAAGAUGGCGUAUUGACUCAUCCGUUAGACAAUCACAAAGGUUUAGAAACCCACAAGUCCACGGUUGUUUUAGUCAAAGCAAAAGCUUCCGAUGAACUGGGCGAAAGAAAUGAAAGACCACGUACUUGUGAUGGAAUUAAGAGUGGCUUAGAGAGGUUGGAAGUCUCUUCUACAGGAGAACAGUCUUUUGGAAUCCUUGAUGGCUUCCAUCAAGAAACUCUGAACCACUCUGCACAAUCCAAACACGUAGACAGAACCCUUAAACAAGAUUUGAAGAAAGAUGACCAGUGUUACCGGAUAUCCACUGUGGAAUGGCCAAAGGUUCACAUCGAUUCCGAGCUUGUCAAGGCAAACACUGACGAUGACUUUCUAAUUCGCAGAGACCUUUUCAGCGAAUACUUCCCAAAUCUUGUUUCAAAAAUUAAGGUGGACGAUUCAGAUGAAAGUAGCUUCUCCGCAAGGUUUGUUGCACGAUCAACUUCAUCGAACCCUCAAAGUUCAUGGUUUGACACAUUAUCAUCUCCAAAAGCGGAUAGGAAAUUCUCAGGUACCGAAACUCAAGCUCUUCUUCAGGAUGAUGAAUUGGAAUAUAAUCCUGGGCGGCUUUUGGCUGAUGAAAGAGAGCGGCUGAAGUUGCGGGAGAGGCAGGACAAAAUGGCCAUAGAAGUUCAACGAAUGCGAGAGAGAUUGGUAAACCUGGGAAUUGCAGUCGCCGAAAUUGCACACGAUGGUGAAACUACAGAUAACAAAUGGGACUCAGACGAAAAGUACCCGGAGUGUUGCCACUAUUCAAUGCCCUCGGAGAGCCCAAAUAAGCGGUCAGAACUUGCUGCACACACAGCUGUCGAACAUGAAGAUUCCUGCAGACCGAAUUCUUCUGAGCUUCCAGGAUCUGGUCAAUGUGCCAAAAGAGCUCUGAGUUGUUCUCUUCAAGAUAGGAUUGCAAACGGCACUGAGAACUUGUGUACAGGAGGUGUGAGUAAGACAAAUUGCAGUGGGCUAUCUACAGGUGGGUUGUAUAGUCUAGACGCCUCUGCCCCUGGUAACUUGGGAACUCCUCGGACUCCCAAGAUCGGUCGUACGAUUGAUUUGUGGCAGAUUAAGGCGAGAAAAGAACCCGAAGAUGGAAAAGUUGAGAGCGUUGGGGAAGUGGAAAUAUACUUAGCUACAAAUCCUGCCAGUGUUAAACAAGCUGAGAGCUCAGUUGACGAAGGUUCAGGAUUUGACACGCUCCUUCGAUUUGUCGGCCCAUAAAAAUACCAUCCAAAGCGGAGGUGGGAAGAAUUUUAGCAAAUAGAGGUGACAAAAAUGUCGUUGAACGAGUGGUGAAGUCUCAAGGACGUAGCCCUACCAGCAGAACCUCUGACGCUUUUGCUAAGCCACUUAAGACAGAACUUGCAGAAAAAAAAGAUCAUAACCUCGUCAUUCCAGAGCAUACUAUUCCUUCAAGGGUUGCAGUAACUUCAACACUUGAAAGAGAGCUGAGUACAGAUAUCACUUCGCAGAACUUAGAAGAAGGGAAUUGUAUUGAGCCACAAGAACUCAAUGGACGUCAAAGUACAAAUUCUGAAACAAAAAUAAACAACCAUCCUUUGACUCCGCCAUCCAAUUCCACCUUUCCUUCUUUUAAAGACGCUCUGUCCUCAGCCAGGUACUGUGAGGCAUCAUUUUUAGUGAAGAAAGGUUCAACUAACCAGCUGCAAGAAACAGAAAUGCCAGGUGACAAAGACGCCUUAAGGAAGCCAAAGCUGUUUCCGAAAUACAACGGUGCUGACAUGAAUACGUUUCACGGUACAUUUUGCGUACAAUCUGGACCAAAUUCUAUUGAACAAGUGAUGCGCUUUAACUGUGGGAUUUAUUCAAUGUAUACCCGUGAUAUCUGAAGUGGAAUGAAUAGCUAGACCACUACCUCUUGUUACUGCACAGAUCCCAGUAGACGGGCUCCAUUCUCAGCUCUAUGUCUUGCAGGUGAAUUGACAGGCAUGGAGGACUAUGAUCAAUUUCCAUUCUCUUCCUCGGGGCCUUUGAGUGAAGAUCACUACCUUUCUACUCUACCUCUACCUCGCCCCCUUGAAGAUUAUCAGAAGUCUUUGUGUGAUCUAAUGGAAGCAGCUAACAAAGCAUUUUUGCUUUUCGGUGAAGUCCAAUCCAUCUGUCGACGAACCACAACUAUUCCUUCCGGAACCACUUGCACUCUAACGAACGCAUCCACGGAUAUAUUUUCUGUGCGUCGCACUUAUCAAAGACUGCUGCCUGGAACGCUUCAAACAGUGCAAAGGCUGGCUGAUGAAGCUGCAGCAUGUGGACUGUCUUGCCACAUGGUAGCCAAGUCUGCUGAAGACAACACAUUACAUAAUGGCAGCCCGAAUAGAAUUGUGGACCAUGGUUUGAACCUGCACUUUUAGAUUGCUCUUGCUAAUCAAUAACGUGAUCACGACCUUAUUAACAAUUUUCAUAAUUGAGAGGUUGGUCAUUCCCUAGUUUAAAUAUAACCAAGGUCAUGUGGUUAUCCUCGUGUGACAUUGUAGUACGCAAUAUUGUUAUAGACUGGCUUUUAAAUUUCGAAUUACAUAUUUGAAUUUUAAAAGUUUGGUUUCAAGUAGAAUUCACGUCAGCAUAGACAUUAAUCAGCUUGAGCACUUUUUAUUGCAGACGAGUGCAGCUGCAGUACAAGAAAAUUCCAGUCGAGGCCAGUGACAGGGGUCUCUACUUCGUCAUUUGCUUCAGUUGACGUUGAGGGAUUUAUAUCUCGGUACUCAGAGACACUUGCAAGCCAAGUUCUCGCUUUAGUUCACAAUGCUUUACCCGACAAGCAAACAUGAAAGCACUUAGCAGAUCACAGGCAGUUUGCUGGUAUUGGCUGACAGCUUAACAACUGGUCAAUUGUCGGCUCUAGCAGUCCAAGUGAGUUUUUACAAUCAACAUAUGAAUGUAAUUAAGGAUUCUAUAAUCAAAA